AUGAGCAAUGAGUUCGACGAGGUGUUGGCGGCAGCCGCGGACGUGAUACAGGCGAGGGAAGCAUCGUUCGGCCUGCGGACGGCGGCGACGGAUGCGGCGCUCGAGAAGUUUAGGCAGCGGUGGGGACUCUUCAAGUUGUCAUGCGACCGGGCGGAGGACGUGGUCGACUCGGCGAGGAGGAGUAUCAUGGCAGAGCGUCUGAUGGACGCGGCCUCCGGGAUGGCACCGGGGCAACCGGAAACAGCGGGGUUGCAGCAUCUCAACGUGCCCCGCUUUGAGCGGGCGCUCCACAAGGUCAACUCCGUCGCCGCGGACCUCGGACGUGGAUCGGCUGCCAUGGCCGCCGCCUCCUCAUCCGGCCCCUCCGCUGCGACACCUUCCGUAGACAAGGCGGAUUGA